AUGGCAAACCCUAACCGUGAGGGAGAGUUCCUGCUCGUCGUCCUACGGAGACCCCUUUCCGGCAGUUGCAAACAAAAGAUUGUAGAGAGCUUUCCCUCACUCAAGGUUAAACACCACAUUAUAGGGGAGGGGGAGUGCGACGAUUCCGUCACUCAAGCUGUCACCAGAGCCGUACUACACAGAGUCACAAUAUUGAUGACCGACCAGUAUCUUCCAAACCCAGAUGAUGUAGCACGCCUGCAUUUGGUCCAUGUCGCCCGGUCAGGAGUCGGUGAUCUCAUCGAUCAUCCCCUGCUGCACCGCGGUUCAGUCACGAUAACAACUAGCUCAGGCAUCCACGGGCCUCCCAUCGCUGAGUGGGUCGCCAUGACAUGGUUAGUAAUCUCAAGGAAAUUCCUCCAGCAGAAGGAAGACCAAAUGCGCCAUCGCUGGAGUCAGGAAAGUGCCAGGGGAUGCUUUGACCAUGUCAACAAGCGAGUUGGCAUUAUCGGGUACGGAGGAGUUGGUAGACAGGUCGCUCGCGUCGCCAGUGCGCUUGGUAUGGACGUUUGCGUUUUGACAGCCUCAGCCCGCCCUAACCCUGCUUCGCGACAGCAUCGGGGGUACUGCAUUCCUGGUACCGGGGAUCCGGAUGGCACGAUUCCAAGCACAUGGCACCACGGAGCCGGUAAAAUUGCGUUGCAUGGUUUCCUCUCCCUUGGUCUGCACCAUCUUGUUAUAUCUGUGCCCCUGACGGAGAGAACACACGCUCUUAUCGGAGAAGAAGAGCUGACUCUCCUCUCGCGCCAUGCACCACCGGGCCCGAAACCAUAUAUUACCAACAUUUCACGUGGCCAGAUUAUUGACCAGGAGGCAAUGGUUCACGCCCUGGAGUCGGGUCAGAUAUCUGGAGCGUCUCUAGAUGUCGUGUAUCCCGAGCCGUUGCCAUCCGACCACAAGUUAUGGGAGCUGCCGAAUGUUUAUAUCAGUCCCCAUGCUAGCUCGUACGGAGUAGAAUAUUUACAGAGGACCACGGAUGUUUUGCAUGAAAAUAUUGUUCGAUUAUCACACGGUGAGUUGUUAAUUAACGUGUUUGAUCGGGAUAAAGGGUAUUAG